UAACGCUGCUCCGAUAGGCUAAGAUGGCGUCUACGUAAAGCGAGGAGCCUGCUACGACUUUCUCUUAUACAGUAUAAUACAUAGUAUAGCUAGUACGGUGCGUGUGUGAAUGCAGGAGCAAGGCCCCGCUAAGCGUCUGUCUCUCUCGCUCUCGUGUGGGCUAUAUACAACUCCCACUCCGCUGCCCCCCCGCUCCUGCGGGCCUUCCGAGCGCGUGUCGUCUGCCUCCUCGGUAACUUCGUGGGCCUUACACGUUCUUGGGUUCACUCUCGCUUCUGAUAUCGUAAGAGAAAGACGUAGCACACAGCAGCUCAUUUAGACUCAGCGAAAAUUUCCUGCCUGUUAAAUUUUUUUUGGGUCGACUAGUUCGUCGUCGUUCAUCAUAUAUAUUCCACACCAGUCUAUAACGUGGGUAGUGCUGAAGUAAAUUUGCUCCGUCGCAGUUGUACAACAAUUCUCGUGUUAGUUUGUUGAUAUCGAAAUUCAUUAAUUUUCGAGUGCGAAAUCCAGAUAAUUAGCUCCAGCACAGCAGAGGACAGCUACAAGAACGCAGAAAUAUACUACUUCUCUCUCUCUCUCUCGAUAGCACACGACUACUCUUUAACACGCGUUUCGCGAGAGACAGCAAGCAAGAGAGAGGAUAUUGCCUGCUACGUUCAUUUUUCUCUAUGUACUCGGUCGGCCGAAUCAUCUGCUCGGGGGUAGUUCGCGAAGGAAUCGGGAAAGGAAUAGCUUCUACAUCUCGCAGCAGCGACGACGACAGUCAACUCUUUCUUCAUGUAGCAGGCUAUAGUAAGAUGCUACCCUACAGAAGAGCGACAAUCAAGAAUUGAGCUGAAGCUGUCCCACAACAAAACAAGAGUGCAUGUCCCUUUUUUUUUUAAUUUUCUGUUCUUCGUUUUUUUUUUUAAGUUUUUGUUUUUGCAUUAACCACCCCCUCUAUAACAAGAGAAAAAAGUGAUCUCAAAGUGUGUCUAUGUGUGCUCUUUGUGUACUCGAUGACUCUCUUGCUAUGAUAAAGUACGAGCAAUAGUGUGCUUAGUGAUAUACGGUAUAUACAAAAACUUGCAAAUAGUUCUUUAGGUACAUCUGUGAUAAAGUGUCAUGAGUUCUGUGUCUAUGCAGCUCUGAAAAUUUUCCUCUGAAACUGUUGAAGAUCUAUAUGAUCUUGCAUCGGCCAAAUUGAUGUUUUGUCCGCUAAAAUUCAUCGGCGUCGUCGCAACUCCAGCUGGACCAGCAAUUCGAAAUACAAAAGACUUCAGGCGUGUGAUGAGAAUAGGGGGUUGCAUCGCGGCUCUUCCUCAGUGCUCGUUUCGUGUAGUUCUGAAUGUCUUCUCUCGUAAACAAAACCUGCUUGCUUGUUUGUCGCCUCUUACCGGAGCGGGACAGUGCUUUUUUAAACAGUAGUUUGUUGAGGAAAAAAAAACAAAAUGUCUCCUCGAUAUCGUGUCGGAAACAAUCAAUAUUAUGUCAAAAUGUUACCACAGGCGUCCAAUAGGAACGAUAGUCAGAGACUCUACCAGGAAAACACAGACGAUAUUUAUCGACAGUGGAGCAACUUUCUUUGUACUUACCAAAAUCACAAGAAUGUUCCUCAACUUUUAGAACGCAUUUGUUCAAAAACAGCAGAAGUGGUCUUGAACGAAAAAUGGGAAUCUCUCCCGAACGCGCACAGGACUCAUCUUAUAUAUGUACUGCAGAACAGCGUGAAAUCGUUGAAACUACACAGUCAGAACGAAUUAGCCGAAAAAUGCAAUCGUUGCCGCGAACUGAUCGAGAAACCCUGGUUAAUUCCAGUUUUGCUCAGCUUUGUGCGUAAGCUACCGGUCGAAGCCAACGAACAAGAUGAAUUUUUCCGCCAACAAGGAGUCGAUGUCAUCACAAUGCGUCUGAAGGUCUUGGUCCAGUACGAGAAGGGCAAGGAGCUCGCGGCCACUCUGGCUGCGGCCUGUCUGCAGUCGCUGAAACGCAACAAGGCGCUGAGCGUCGAGUUCGCCAACGUGCCCGAGCACGUCCAGUACAUCUUGGACGUGUACAUCGUGCUGCUGUACUCGUUGCGUCGCACCAAGGAUCUGUGCGCCCAGGUCCUGCUCAUCGAGGCCAAGGACGCCCUGACGCUGAUGCAAAGACUGAGCGGACAGAAGCCCGUUAAGUAUGGCACCGCGAAAAUCUGGAAGGAGUCGUUAAAGGCCGCCUCUGUCGUCGGCUACUUUUUUGUGGCCGACUGUAUGAUCACGCCGCUCGACAAAUGCGACGUCAAGGCGCUGGAAGAUAUAUUCGAUCUGUUCAUUAGCAUAAUGCUCAGGAUCGAAGAAAACCUGGAGAUACCUAAAUUACCGAGAAUCGUGUACAAAUUGCAGAAUCUCGCGGAGAGCGCACAGCACCUGUAUAUGUUAACCAGCGCUCUAGUGGCAAACGUCUGCGAUAAAUUCAAGUACCUCAUUGUGAGCACUGUCGUUAAAGGAUUAUUAGCGGACUUCAAUCAAAUUGAACAUGAAAAAGAAAACGGAGAUGAUGAAAAAAUAUUAGAGGUAAAAAAGCGGCUCUCCAUGGAAUACAGAAAGUUGGCGAAAUACUUUAAGACGUAUAAUGUUGGAAUGGCGAAAGAGACCGCGCUCACGGCUUUUUCCGUGCAUCCGACGCGAGAGUGCUUGGAAAUAUUGAAAAGAUAUGCCUUGAUGGCGACCAACAGUUCAGAAUCGUCCGAGCCUCUGCCAGGCACCUCCAGUGAGAACGCCAGCUCGACGAUUGGCGAUGUCUCGUUGCAAUUCGUUCAAAACGUCAACAACAUAUUUAAAUACGAAGUAGAUGCAAAUCAAUUCGAACUUAAUCAUCACUGCGCUCAUGCUUUGAGGGUAAUAUUGAGCCAGCGGCGCUACAAGGAUCUUAAAUGGACUCUUGCGUGGAAAGAAUUAUACAUUAAAUGCGAAGAGUACCUUAAAGAAGCAGAAUCUAUGAAUAACACAAACCGUGAAUUAAUAUUCGCGCACUUUGAUUCCAUUCCAUUUGAAGAAAUAAAUGAAAUACGGAGUAUGCACAAUGCUCAACCCAGUGAACAACCCAAUCCUCAAAGAAGAAGUACACAAAGGAAAGCUUCUCGCAAGAAAGUUGCAUUUAAAGAAAGUUCAAAACGAAAACUGGAAGUAGUAGAUUAUGGCAUUGAAAAAGGUUUUGAACACUUCUUUUAUGAAGAAAGUGAAGCCGAAGAUGAAUUAAUAAUUCGAAUUCCGCUCAAUGAAAUGACCGAAAAAAAGGCAUGCUACUGCGUUCUUGGGCCAGACCAAUCGUCACAUACAUGCAUACUUAAAAAAAAAGAAGUGAUUUUUGAAUCGGUACCAGAACCAGAAUUUGAAGAGGGAGUAGUAAUCAAAUCCGAAAAUAUGCCACAUUUGGUGCUAAUUGAAGAAUCAUCUGAUCCGGAUUCGGAUAAUUUUAUUAAACUUUCGCCAGAACUUCAACAGUUGGAAGCAACCGAGAGCCCAGAGGACGCGCUAUUUUCAUUUCUGGGACAAUCGAGUCAACCAGAGCAGGAUCCACUAGGCAAUGUUGAUAUGCAUCUUCAAGAGACGCAACCGAUACCAACGAUAUCCACCAUACUAGUCCAGGAGAAACCUCAUUUACGAGAGGUUGAUCCAAAAUUGUUUCAAGCUGAACCGGAAUCUUAUGAGGUAGAAUCAGAUGAACGAAAACAGAGUCCGCUAUCGAUACAAAUCACGGGAGAACCAAUCAAGCCAACAUUGCCUCAGGUGUUCGUUAAACUGGAACCUGUUGAGAUUUCACCUCCAGAUUCAAAAAAGAGAAAAAGAGUAGUCAACCCAACUAAAACAAUUAAACGCGUAAAAACGGAAAAGAAUUCAGAUACAAAAAACCAGAGAGCGCAAUCAAUUCGGAGAUCUAAGCCAGUAUCUACUUCCAGCAACGACAGUCAUACUAGUAGCCUAGGUAGCGAUGGUCUGAAACACAAUUCGCCAAAAGAAUUGGUUCAAAAGCGAACAAAGCGUAUAAGAAAGGAAAAAGUUUCGGAAUUGGAAAUGCGGGUGGAAUCAACGUUAAAAACAGACCGAAUGAAAGAAUCUACGUUGACACCUAGUGACAGCAAUGAAAACCACUACGAAAAAAAUUUACCUUACUCAGAGAAUGCCGAUGCAAACCUUAAUGUUCCGGAAGGUACUAAAUCGCUCAGAUCGGUGAGAAGGAAAAGGGAUAUAACAAUAGGCAGAGAUAUUGAAUCAAUAAUCAACAAGUUUAAAAAGAAUAGAAAAAUAUACAGCGCAAUCAACUUCUUACCACAAGUAAAAUUAGUAAGAUUAAGCAAAGAUGAUAGAUUACAAAAAAAGUGGAAAGACCAGGAAAAUUCUGACUCAUAUCGUUCGCCUCUAAAACCUUUGAAUGAGAAUAAUUAUCCACAAGACUGCGUUCAUAGUCUUUUAAAUCAUCGAGUACCUGGCAUGCAAUCGAUGGAAUUUUCUUUGGUUCCGAGAGCUAAUCCAACUGUUCAGGUUGUUCAACUUACUCGUGGCAUAAACCAGGGAUCAAAUUCUACAAUAACUUCGAACAGUUUAUCAUCUCAAGUUAAUCGUUCAAAUAAUCAACUUCCAGCACAAACGCCUCCACCACCCACGAGAGUUAUUUCAAUGCAAGACAUUGGCGACGAAGCAAAUCAUCCGUCUGACAUCUCACAACCCCUUGGUAACUCCAGAACAGCGUCGAUCGAUACAUCAGACGGUACUCAAACGAUGCAACUCGGUCUGUUGUCGAAUCAACGUAUCAGUGCCGUUCAUCAGGUGAUUAAAGAUGCGACGCAUAACGAAGCUCAGCAACAGCAACAGUUGCAGCCUCAGCAGCAACUGCAGCAGCAGCAGUUGCAGCAGUUGCAGCCUGAACAUCAGCAGCAGCAGCAGCAGCAACAACUGCCGCAGCCACAACGUCAACAAUUUGUCCUACAAAAACCUGAUGGAACAUACCAGCUGGUGAAUAAUCGGCAGCACUGCAAUCCCGACCCUUACCUAUACAACUACACUUAUCCAGAUGUAAACUAUCCAGAUGUAAACUAUCGAGAUGUAAGUUCAAAUCUGGUAGCGGGACAGAGAGGCAUUUUUUCACUUCAAAAUGAUGGAAAUAUUGGUUACGCUCGACAACUGUCGUUGAAUCCGCAGCAAGCUUCAGCGUCAGGCGUAAAGAACACUGGUUUACCGAAGUUUCAACAAGCUUUUGGAAAAACUAUUUGUGCUCUUUCGAACGACAUGACUUCUGCGCCAUCGGUAUCGACGGCACCGACCACAAGUAAUGUUUUGCAAACACAGCAAGUGCAACAGCGUAUUAUAAAAAAGAUCAACGCGACGAAAGCUCCUACUGGAACGAAUAUUCAAGUACCAUCUGGUACGCGUCAAAUAUUGAAUAUCGUGCCAAAUGCGUCGGGCUCCAAUGCUGUCGCCGGCUCCGGUACCAACGCCGGACAAACUUUGCAAUUAUGCAGUACAUCGUCGUCUAGCGUUAUAUAUACGCACAAACUUCCUGUUUCGUUGAGCAGUGGUGGACAGCCACAAUUUAUCUCUCUGCCGGCUUCGUUGGGUAACAAUAAGACUCCGGUGCAGUUUAAAUUCAAUAUAUUGCGAACUCCGUUCCGUUCGAAUACUUCAGCUGCUCCGAAUGCAAAUAUAGCUGUUUUGACUUCGCGCCCUAUGCAACAAGUCAAUUCUACUGGCGCUGCUAUCCAACAGCAACAAGAUCAACAACAACAACAAAAACAACAACAACAACAGCAACAACAACAACAACAACAACAACAGCAGCAACAACAACAACAACAACAACAACAACAACAACAACAACAACAGCAGCAGCAACAGCAGCAACCGCAAGCAUCACAGCAGCAAAAACUUGUCCAGCAGCAACUGCCGCCCAUCAGGCAACAGGUGCAUGUUCAGGCUCAGCAAAGUUCACCAAUUCCUAUUGAUAUGGGCAGUCAAGUAUGUUCAUCUACUUUGGAACAACUUCGAGAGUUCGAAAGUGUAUUGGAACAAGUUAAAGGGGGCAAAGUCGUUCCAUUAACUUCAUCUGAAGUUAAUACUGUACAAACGCGGAAUGUUCCUUCUGACACUGCCACGGCUAAACCUAUUGGUCAACCUCAGCAACAACAGCAGCACGUGGCUCCCAUCACCCAACAGCUUUUGAUGUCACCAAAUCCCAACACUAGCUUAAAUUUCAAUUCAAACAAUACGAGUACGAUUGCACUUCAAACAUCAGAGCAACAGUCUCCACAACAACAACAACAACAACCACAACAACGGCAACAGCAGCAACAGCAACAGCAGCAACAAGCGUUACAACAAAAGACUCAGCAACGACCUCUCGUACAAACACAGCAGCAACAAGUGUUUCCACAAAAAGUGUUAAUGUAUACUAGUCAAACGAGUAGUACAAUAGCACCUGCGACAGUAACAACAAAAGUUACUAGUUCAACUUCACCUGUAGUCGUUGUAUCGUCGUAUUGUCAACCAGCUGCGUCGCCGGCACUCAGUGUAACGUCGCAAAGCUCAUCCAGUCCUUGUGUAACGCCUGCGCCUACACCCACACCGUCGGCGGGAAAGACUCAGCCGCAAGUUGGCUCCAAGAGCAAAAAGUCAGCACCCAAAACGGUCAAGGUCAAUCCUCAAAAUGCUGCUAAAGCUUCGCCUCUGCCGAAACCACAACAAAAGCCGCAAGAAGAUCCCGAGACUACGCAAAGAAUAUAUGCAAUUUUAGGCGAGUACGCUGAACAGUUGCGAAACUCUCCGGACUUGAAUAAUAAACCUGCGCCGAGAAGGAGACAGAAUCCACCGACGAAUCCCAAUCAAUCGAGUAAACGCAAAAAAUCGGGUGGAAGUGGUUCUAAAAAAGGAGGUUCUGGCUCUGGCCAGCAAACUUCAGAACCCAGCCCAAGUGCCGACGACACCGGCAGGACCAUGGGUAGUGAGGAUUCGAGCGGUGGCGGUGGCGGAGGUUGCGGCAGUCUUAGCGGUGGAACCGGCAGCGGCAUGAAUAUCCAAGACAGUCCAGCCGGCUUCUCCGGUUCGGAGGACACUUUGGCGGGUAGCAACAAUAACAGUCAGAGUGCCGUCAACGACAAUGCAACGACCGGAAGUAUUUCGGAAUCCAGGGCUGGCAAUAUGACGAGUGAUUCCAACGACAGCGUGGAAGUGAGCGCAAAGCGAAGAAACGUCAUAUUCACCGAACCCAGUACAGGUCAAACGCGAGCAGUAAUCGUUCAGGAGGGUGGUAGCAUACAGUCUGCUUCAAGCGUAAGCGAGGCUUUAGCGAGCGUCACCAGUAAAAUGACGACAGGCACGGCAGUACUGGUAUCAGGUACGAAUCUCAUGUUACCCAUGAACUUUGUUAAAAGCGGUCAACAGAUAACCGUAGUCUCGGGUGGUUCAAAACUUUUGGCUGCUGUGCCGGCCGUGCGCUCGGGCACGGCCGGCGCGUCUGGGGUACCAAACGCCUUUGUUCUUCAGUCUCUUUUGAGCCAGGCAAACAAAGUAAUACAGCAGCAGAAAUUGAAACCACAACAGGUGGUAGUGGCUACGUCGGCAACUGCAACGGCACAGCAGAGUGAUUCCAAAGACCAGCUCGAUCUGAAGCCACAAACCAGCUUGUUUCAACACUCAGGUGUUAUAACGAGCAAUCCUCAGAGCAUAUUCAGCUCGGUAAUGAAAGAGCAAAAGGUCGUUUGUGUGGCUGCUGCACCCAAAGCCGAAACUCCCGACGGAACAAAGACCAUAUUAACCUUCGCCACGAAGGAUCACAAUCAAAAAGAGAUAUUCAAACUCGAGGACGAUAAGUCGAUUAUUAUUAAAAAAGAACCCGAUGACGAGGCGGAUGAAGAUGUGGAACAGAGCGCCCCGUGCGAGACUAACGCGAUUAAAGCCGAAGUAUCACAGCCAUUGAACAAAAAAAUAAAGCAGUCCACGUCACCGGUUCCAGCGCUAACACCAACGACAUUGACGCAAGCCAGCAGUACCCCUUUCUUGAUUUCCGGCGGUCCAAACAGUUCGGAUAGUCAAGAUUCGACGAUGCACACACCGUCAAUGGAGAACAGUGCGAGCAGCCUCGACGGCGUGAAAAUUGAAAACGGCGUUUUGUGCAACAACGCCAGACUGCAGGAGGCCUGGGAACCCGAGCAAAAAGGUUCACCCGACACACCUUGGAGAUACAUUCCCAAUUCAAACACACUAGGUAUGGAUCAAAUGAAGACUUAUGUUCGUGAUUCGACCGACAACAGUUCCGAUAGUCCACUCGUCAGCAAUAGCGUUUUAAACAUUAUUAACAAGGGCCAAGGCAUUGAAAUGUCUAGCUCGGGUGUAUUCCAGACGAAGAAGUAUUACACGAUAAAUAAUUCGGCUUCGGAGCAAAGCUUUGGUAAAUUCCAGAGCAGCAAAGCUGCUUCGAAGAUAACCGGGGGCCAACAACAUCCGACCACUCAGCAGAUUUCUAACCAAGAGAAGAUAAACGAAGUCAAGCAGCAAUCUCUAGAACAUGAAUUGAGAUUGCAAAAGAGUUUGAGCGAAGAGUGCGAAGAUUUGGGUGUUGGUGCACCCAGUACCAGUGACUUGUUUCCAGAUGCCGAUUUAUUUGAUUUGAAUAAUUCUCCCAGUUUCGAUACUUCCUCUCAAGAAGCUGGCAAUACGUCUGCUAGCUGUACCGUCGCUAGUAACAGUAGUAGUCCAAAUUCUUUUUCUAAAACGAUUGAUUCCGUCGCGACUGGACUCAUUGGAUCAACGACGUCGUUCGUAUUACCCGCGAAAAAGAAACCAACGAAGCGUCCAGCUAAGCCAAAGGAUGGAGGAACUCCUCGUCGAAGCAAGUGUUCUCAAGAGAACAAAAACUCAAAAGCAACAACGGACAAGCAAUUACAGGCAGCCCUGACGGAUAAUUCAAGUCAAGACGAAGCAUCGAACAGCAACUCCGACUUCUCGGUACUUACCUCGGUUGAAAUAUUCGAUUCAAAGUCAAUAGUGCACGAAGAGUCGGGCAACGAAAUCAGAGAGGACGACAUAAAAAUCGAGGACGCACCCGUCAUCAGCAUACCUGAUUCCGAGAUAGGUUCGAUCGAUCUGAAUAAUAUCACAAUCGAUGACGAAAGUCUAUCUUUAUUGGAGAGUAGCAUAACUGGCGUAUCGAUGGCAUCACCUUUAUCACCUGCCAUGGGGUCGUUAAUGAUGAAUAGCGUAUCUACUUACUCAAAAAACAAAAAGCGUUCGAGUGCGUCCAAUCAAUCCACUAGACCCUCAGACUAUUUUAAUGUCGAGAGUAGUUGGGAAAGUCCUGCGUCAGAACACACUAGGUCGAGCAUCGAAGAUGAAAUUGAUAAUCAAUCGGUCGCAAACUUAACGAACGAUGCUGAAACAAAUGAUGAAUCAAGUGUGAGUCAAGUUCUCAGUGAGUCUGCGAAUAGUGCAAACCAAAAGACUCCAGCUUCUGCUGCUAACGGACUUCAAGAGGCUCUAAGACAUAAUCUCCCAACUAUCAGAGUUACUCCAGUUGAUCACGCCACUUACGCCGCAAAAAGAAAACAAGCCGUAGCUCGGAAAAGUAACACGAAUAAAACAGGUACACCAAAAGCAAGCUCACCUAAAAAGGGCGUCAAAAAAGUGUCCACGCCAACUCACUUGCUCACGCCAAUCUCAACGAUAACGGCUAGUGAAAACGAAGCGACUCCGAGUCCAGCACCGAGUUCUGUCGAUGAUCCAAAACUUGAAACAUCAGAUGAAGAUAACACUAGCAGUGCGAGCACAGAACAUUGUUCUACUGGAGGCGGCACAAGAAGAUCAUCCCAGCGCGGCAAUGUCAAGAGAAAUUGUCCGUGCUGUAAUGGUUCUCCUGAACGUCCAAAAGUCAUGAAAAAAAUGAAGGUGUCUCACAACAAUUCCACAAGUCAAGAUCAACACCAGCCUGCGAGUAGUGGUAGCAGUUCCAGCAAAACUGCAACCAAGAAACCUCAAGCUGCAUCGUCACAAAAUCAGCAGACACAACAGCCGCAGCAACAAGCUUCGAACAAGCCACAACCGGUUAAUAAACAGAUAAAGAAAAGGUAGUCUUAGCUACCUCGCGGCUUCGAUGCUGAAAACUUUAUCUUAUUAACACGAUGUUGUUGAAAUUUUACCAUUUUUGGCGAGAAAAUGUUCCAAACGUACAUUAUAUCGGGAUGUUAUGAUGUUAGAAAAAUGCUAGUGAAGAAUAUAAAUAUAAAUAUGUAUGUAAGUUAAAUUAGAAACUAGCUCAUCACAUAGGAUAAGACUGUAAAAAUUAUCUUAUUCGAUUUCCAUUUUGUGUUCAUAUUUAUUUUGAUUGGAUCCAUGCAUCGGACAGUACUCAGGUGGUGGAUGUAGUGGUAUUGAAAUAAGUCUGUAAAAUAACAAUUCAAAGCUAGUAAAGAAAAAUUGUUUACGUAUAGAAGAGUUUCGUGCGCAGUGACUAAUUAAAGGAAAAGUUAGUUUCCAAGUGAACUGAGAUGAAGAGAAAAAAGUACAUAUUGUUCAAAACAUCGAAAUAUAAAAAUAUCAUCCGAAGACUUCCUUCUCGCGCGUGGAACAUCUCUAGUUGUACAUAACAUUCCCGCGGUGAAUUACAAAUGAGAUGAGACUAGUAAAAUAUUUGAGAUUGAUAGGUAAAAAUGAAUAGAUUCGAUUCUUAGAACUUAUGUACGCAGAUAAUAUUAGACAAACAUAAAAGAGUUUACGUAUAAGUGAGAUGAUAUAAAAUAAAAUAUGCGUAUACUACGAUUAAAUACUAGUUGUUUAACGAUAAUAGACAAGUAUAUAAGAUAAUAUUAUAAAUAGUAUAAAUACACGAUUGAAUUACUUGAAACCUUAACUCAUGAGCAGUUAAAAAAUUUUAAACGCGAAUGUAUGCAGAGAAAUUAGCAGUCUAUCAUGUGCUGUUUUAAAAGUGUUAUUUUUACCGAUUAAUUUGACAUUUUUUUCACUGUUUCUUUUGAUGUAUCUAUAUAGUUGGUCUUUUCAAAAUUGAUGCUAAAAAUCUAUAGGUAAACUUUAUUGUUUCAUAUUCAUCGAAUGUAAAUGAAAGUGAAACGAAAAGUAUAUGAAGUCAUCAAUUUGUAAGAAUAAAAUAACUAUAAUAUGAUUACAUAGUUAUGUAUUGAUGUUUAUUAAGAUAAACACUUGGAUAGUGAGAAGACUACUAACGAUUAAACGUUCGUAAAUUAAGCGUUUGUAAAUUAGAACAAAAUGCAAUGGAAAAAAUCAGAAGCAUUUUUAAAACUUAUUAGCAAAAAAAGUUAAGGUCCUACAUGCGUACGUUAUAUCAAACGCUUAUUGUGUACAAGAAAGUAAAACUCUGAGUAUGCAAAGACUAGUUUCUUAUAUAUUCAUAUUUAUGCAUGAAUAUAUACGCAUAAAUGUAUAUAUUGAUACAUACAUACGUAUAUUACUAUAUAAUUUGGAAUCUAUAUAAUAAUAUACACAUACAUUAUUAUAUAAAUUUGAAAAAGAAGCAAGAGUUGUGAGCAGAUGAUAACUUCGAAAACAAAUGCAAUCUAGUCAAAUAAUGUGAGAGAAUUUAUGAAUCUGCGCUUGUAUGUACAAUAUUUUACUUGUGCUUCUACAUAUAUAUAUUUAUAUAUAUAUAUUAUAUAUUAUAUAUAAAAUUAUAUUCCCUCGAGUAAAUGCAAACAAUUUAUGGACAAAGAGACUAGUGACUAAUUUGAAAAAAAAAUGUAGUUAUUUAAAAAAUUUUUCCUUAAAAGCUGAUGGAGUUAAAGUCAUGAAUAUUUCUUAACCGUGUGAAAAGAAAAAAGUAGACAGCAGUAAUGAGAAAUUCUAAUUACAUUUGAGCAAACAGUAAUUAUUAGGAAACAUAUUCAACUUAAUUACUUAUUAUGGGAGCUGUAGGCAAUUGUACCAUCUUUUAAACGUUUAUUUUGAAGCAUAUUCAAAAAAAUAUAUGGUCUCUCAAGUAAAUUGUUUAAACAGAUACUGAUUCAGUUUGUGUUAUCACAUUAAGCAAGGGGUUUUUCACAUUUUUCCAUUAUUUAGUGGAUUAGUGUAUUCAAAGUCAUUAUGUUAUAAAAAAGCAAAGAGAAUAUGAGAGUGAGAUAUAAGCUACUAGAUCAAUUCCAUAAUGUUAUAAUAACUUUCUUUUUAAUUAAGAUAUAUUUAUAAUACUAUUUUUUCAGUCUGAGAUUAUGAUGGGUUUAAAUGCUCUUUGGAAGUUUAAAUGGAAGUGCAGAGUUGAAUGUAUAAUUUUUUUUGUUUUUUUGUACCUUUUUAUUAUGAAAACUUGUGUAAAUAGAAACUCGUUCGGAGAAACAGAGUUAUAAAUUGAAAAUUCUAUAUAAGGGAGAUAUGAUGAUGUUUUUCAGUGUUUCAGCGACUUAAACUAAGUUUUUUCUUUGUAAAAUGCAAUAUUUGUAAAACACUGUAUGUGAAAAAGUGAUCAUCAACUGUGUACAAAAUAAAUUAAAUUUAUAGAGAGUUUGCAUAUUAUUUGAAUGAAUUAAUAAAUUAUUAUUAACGAUA